ACUUUAAUGAUCAUGCGAUGUCAGUGACCGAACGAAUGUUGUAUAGUCACGUGACAUUUUAUAAGGUAUAGGGUCACCUUGCCGUGGGAGAAGAUGACCUGCUUGAAUCCUGUGUGAUUUGUACAGCGGUGGCUUGUUUUUGAGAUGUUAUUUUUUAAAUGUUAUGAUAGUAGCUACAGUAGCCGCCAUAGCAGCCAUAGUAUCAUAAUAGUUACAGUAGUGGUAAACAUAGUCGCUGUAGUGGUGUAGUUGCAGGCAUAGUACCCAUAGUAGAAUUCAGCACUCAGUUUCAUAACCCUUGUCACAUGUUUGUUGACCUACUACAUGUUUCUGUAUAGUCGCUACAUGUUUAUGAGUAGGUGCUAUAUGUUUCUUUAGACAGGUUACAGGUUUCUAUGUAGUUGCUACAUGUUGUCUUUGCCACGCUGACCCACCCACCCCUUCUCUUUUCUCCUUGCCUUCCACCUGCAGCUUCAUUCUGUCUUUACGUCUGCUGUCGGUAAACUGUCCUGAAAAUAAUGUGUGAGACUGUAUGUGUGAAUGAGUGAGUGCAGGACCCCGCGUGCUAUGAGUAGAUAGUUUUUGUCCCAGAAAGUGCCUUUACCCUGCGAUGGGAUCGGAUGUCAGGGGCUGUGAUAGUCAACAGAGACUAGUGGAGUUGCUGAUCGGUGCUCAAAGAAUCAGAGACAUAGUAUCAGAGAGCAUCACCCCUAUGCCGUCACGUGACCCCAUCACCGCAUCACUGAUAGGAAAGGGGGAGGGAGACCUCAUCGCUCACACGCAUAUCAGGUUUUGCGACACAGGGCUGCUUUUAGGGAUAUGACAAAUCUGGAACCAGUUAACAGCUAAUGAGAAGGGACUGGAAACACAAGACAGCGGAGUGCGACAAGAACAUUGUGCAAGGAGUAAGGUGACACCCUGUCUUGUCUCGUCGGUGACCCUGGGGUCAGCAGAUAUGCAGCUGGGUCAGUGCAUGUGUGGGCAGCUCACACCUCUCAGCAUCUCAGACCUCUCAGACCUCUUGGGGAACACAUCGAGUUCUGCAGACCUCACACAUAGUUCUCAACUUUGAAGACUUGGUCAGCCUGUGUCCAUCUCUGCAUCUUACUGUUGCCUUGGUUACCACCUCCACUAGAGGACGCGGACUGGAGGAGCUGAUGUUAAACGGUUAUUUGCCUUGCUGGAGGAUAGUGUGAAUUGACAGUUCUCACAAGUCGGCAUCGUCAGUCAAGCAGCGAUCAUGCAGUCUACCCUGAUGAUCACCUCCCUUUGCAUGCUGUUGGCCCAGUGUGUGGCCUUCCAGGUGCGCCUUAGUCACCUGACCACAGUCUACCUGUCCAACACCAUGGAAACCGGCGGCCCUCCCAACAGCUUUGAUGACAACGCGGUGCAUCGCUUUGUGUAUGACGUCGAGAGCGGACUGAUAUACACUGUCGGUGACACCAUGCUGCACGUCCUCAGGGUGAACCUUGACCCUCUCACGCUCGCGCCCGUGUACCAGGUGCCAUACCCGGGCCUCAAGCUGACUGACGUGGCGGUUUGCCAGGAAAUGGUGAUCGUGACUUACCGACAGACGUGGAAUGUGACUUUGGGAGGAGUCCUGGUCUACCAGCACUUCGAUGGCACGAUGAGGCAGCUUCAGAACGUGACACUGCGAGGCCAGCCAGCGAGGGCGUUGGUGAACCGGGGCUGCACAGUAAUCAUCGUGACGAUGGAAAACGAACCGUACUUACAGCGCGGACAACCUGUGGACCCACUCGGCGAGAUCGCCCUCCUGCGCUUCCCCCGGGGCCUCGAGAAUCCACCAUCCGUCAUCGUCCUCAACUUCACUCAGUUUGACAACAGGUUCAAUGAGCUGUCGGCGAAAGGUGUGCGGUGGCCGUAUCGCAGGACAGGUUUCAGCCGCAACCUGGAGCCUGAGAACGCGGUGCUCAGUGAUGACGAGGUCACUGUGUACGUCAGUCUCCAGGAGAACAACGCAGUGGCGGUGGUGGACUUGUGGCACAACAGCAUCACUGCCCUCUACGGCCUGGGAUUCAAAUCUUGGAGUACGUCACGCCUGGAUCCUAGCGACAGGGAUGGCGGCAUUCACAUCGAGCCGUGGCCACUGUAUGGCAUGUACAUGCCGGGUGGAAUGGCUUUAGCUAGCUGGGAGGGCCGAAACUAUCUCCUCACGGCUAACGAGGGCGGCUUGACCGACUAUGACGUCAUCCCGGGCUUCGUGGAGCAGAGGAGGGGGCGGGAAUUCAACGAUUCUCAACUAUCUCUCAACGUGAGCAGUGAGCUGAGGCAAGCUCUCCGGAACGACACCAAAUUAGGCAGACUGAUGUUGUCGACUGUAGACGGAGUGGACAGCAAUGGACGCCACCACAGCUUCUACACUUUCGGCGGUCGCAGCUUCUCCAUCUGGAGCCUGCCCAACAUGGAACUCGUCUACGACAGUGGCAGCAUCCUGGAGGACAUGCUCGCCCAGGUCAGACCGGACCUCUUCAACGCCGGCAUGACCAACGCCAGCCACAAGGUCUCGCAGGACUUCGACUCCUGCUCCGCAGACACGGGUCCAGACACAGAGAGUAUAGCUGUCGGAAAGUUGGAGGACCGACUCCUCAUCUUCGUCGGAAACGAAUGUCCGGGCACCAUCGCUGUCUUCAGCCUGAGUGACGUCACGCAGCCUCGUUUUGAGACUUACUACACACAAGGAAUCCCGAAGAUCAGCGGGUCGUCAUGGCAACAAAUGUACCAGGACCAACAACUCCACGCCAUCGAUCCAGAGAGCAUCAGGUUCUAUAACUCUGAGGAAAGUCCAACUGGCUUCCCUAUCCUGAUGGUUUCUGGUUCCGUUUCCGGCACAUUGUCAGUUCUCAGAGUCGAGGUCACGAAUGGUGUCACAAGGUUUCUUCCUAACGGAGAGCUGGUGUUAUUCGUUAUGCUUGUCGUUGCCUUUUGGAAGAUGCUGGACUCCUGAUAGUCCCGACAUGGCUUCUGUGUCUGUGGUCUCUUAUAACCAGAAGAACCACUGCAAUAGCCCAAAAACAAAAGCCAGUCCAGUGGGUGAGGCAGGUGGCUUUCACAGGACAUUUUGUGAUGCUUUGAACAAAAAUUAUUAUCUAAUAUAAAAUUAAUUAAAUUAUGAUCAAAUAAAUGUUUGGCUUGCUGAUACAAAGAAGUUUAAUCUUGUUUCUUCGUAAAAGAGAUUUGGUCGAGGUAUGGUCGACAACCAUAAUGUAAAGCUAUUUACACAUAGUAACUUUUAAAAAGAGAUAAAUAUUAAUAUGUAACAAGUUUUUUAUAUAAAAGCCUGAUGGGAGUGUACAAGAUUUUGUCAUGCAAGUGCUUUUGAAUAAAGGUGCACCACUUAGUCCCAGGCUAAUGGCUACUGUCUCAUUGUUUUGCUGAAGAAUAAAAUGACUGAAGCUAUU